UUUUAUUCGCUACCCAAUGAAAGGUCAUCGAUGAAAUGACGAUUUGUGGGUGAAUAAGGCGGAUUUUGGAGGAAAUUAUAACAGCGAAUGGUGCAUUUAGAUUUGCAACAUCGAAUGAAGUGAUAUGUGGUGUUGAAUAUGAGCGAUGGAGGUCGGGAGAGUGAAAGAGAGCCUGAAAAACCAGCUCGUCAGAAGAGAGCCGGUGGAGAUGAAUUGGCCCGAGCGGCUGCAAGGCUUGCUGUAGCACAGAUAUGUGAGAGUCAGGGGUUUCAGACUUUUCAGCACUCUGCUCUUGAAACACUGUCUGACGUUGCUGUUCGGUACAUUUAUGACAUCGGCAAGACUGCAAAUUUCUAUGCCAAUCUUUCAGGUAGAACGGAGUGCAAUGCUUUUGAUAUAAUUCAAGGGUUAGAAGAUUUGGGCUUGGCACAGGGGUUUUUGGGUGCUUCAGAUAUUGAGCAUUGCCUUGCAAAUUCAGGCACUGUUAAGGAACUUGUUCAGUAUGUUGAUGAAGCUGAAAAGAUCCCAUUUGCAUAUUCUCUUCCGCAGUUUCCAGUUGCUAAAGAUCGGAAGCUAACUCCAAGUUUUUUACAAAUUGGGGAAGAGCCUCCAGGAGAGCAUAUACCCGCUUGGUUGCCUGCUUUUCCUGAUCCCAGCACUUAUGCUCCAUCAUCUUCUAGGAUUGAGAGAAGUACAGAACCUCCCACGGCUAAGAUUGACCAGGAAAGCCACAACAGAAAGGUAGAAAGGUCUUCGUUGAACUUACAUCAACGGUUAGCUUGUAGUGGAUUGGAAGGACCCUCCUCAGUCAACCAUGGGGAUGCUACUAAAGCAAAACAAGCAGUUGGAAGUAAUCCGUUUCUUGCUGCACCUCUGCAAUUCGGAGAAAAGGAGGUGUCUCCUGUUCUUCUUCCAGCGAAAGUGAAGCUUUUAAAUGAAGCAACCAUGAGAAAUCCUAGUAUGGAAAAUCAUGGCAGGGAUAAUCACGUCUCAGUGUUAGAGGCAUUGGCUCCAGAUAUUGAAGCAAUGGAGAGCAGAUUACUUGAUUCUGAAGAAAAAGAAAAAAAGGGUCUUUUGAACAGCAGGCCAGCUGUACAAUUUAAGAUCGGUAUUGGAAGGAAGUCCUUAGGGACAAUGCAAGAUUUAAGCCUUCAGAAAAAGAGUUUUGAGGUAACUUCACCAUGGUUUGGGAGGGAAAAUGAGAAGGAUGACAAGAAGAUGAGGGCCGAGAAAAUUCUGAAAGAGUCUAUGGGACACACACAGGAACUGGGUCAUUUGUAAAUUAGGUUUGUUUCAUUAGAAUUUUAUACUUGUUUAUGAGACUCGUGACAAAUGAUGGUUCCAGGGUAAUCGUAGUCAAGGGCAUAAUGUUUUCUGCAUAGGGCAUUAUAGAUUGGAUACAACAAACCGCAUGCAGAAAUGUUCCCACAUUAAAAAGUUUUUGAGGGCUUUGUUCUCGGUGGCAAUUGAGCUAGAUCUACUGGAAUCCAUUCCCCUUCUUCAGGAUCUCGAGCCUCGUAAUCUGUAGCAAGAAUUUUGAGGAGAAUUCAGUAUAUUAACAAGUCUUGCAUCCUAUAAUAAAGCAAUCUCUCUGUCUCUGUCUCUGUCUCACUGACACUCUCUCUGCCCCUCUCAUUUCUUAUUGUAAUUAGGAGUGGACUGUGUUGGCACUCCUAAUAUGGAGAUGGUGACUUGUCUCUGUUGAAGGUAGCAUCAAGAACAAACACGGGGCUUGGUUGUUCUAGGGCAGCUAUUGCAGGUUUAACCAUGAUCCUGUCUUUGCUGGACCCUGGUGGAUUCUAAAUGAGAGAAACAAAACCUGUUAACCAGAUAAUGAAUUACUUGUGUGGGUAAAUAAGAGCAUGCACAAAUUACCUUAUUCUUGCCAUCCUGCUUGAAGAAGUUGGCAUUGAUCUUAUCAGAGUGAUUGGUGCUUGUGACUUCUGUAUCAGUAUGAGAACACAAGCUAAUGUUGCUUUCUGAUGUCAGAGAAAAGGUGUCACCUUGGUGUGUUAAAUCUCUCACGCCACUGCUGGUCUCACUCAAUUGGUCAUUGCAUUGCUGCAAACUGGGAGAUAUUAGUCUGAGUUUUCUACCCUGGGAGUUUGGUCCCACUUGUUGUCUAGUACGUUGCCCAAUGACUUUGCUUGUAUCUGAAGAUGGGAUGGUGAGAGGUGACUGCUUCUGCGAACUGAUCUUCCUUUGUUGCAGUCUUGGGCUCACAGUUACUGAGCCUGUGUUGUUUUCUCCAAUGAUGUGUUGAGGCACCUUUAAGGCUGAUGUUGAUUUUGAAGUUCUCACAUUGGUUUUCUUAUCUGUGGAGCAAGACGGUGGACUGAAAUGGUCUUUAGCUGUUUGCAUGUUAACCAUUCUCCCAUUUGCAGAAAAACCAGGCUUGUUGAGACCUGACAUACGUUCAGUCGGAAUUAUGGUGGAAGCACAAUCAAUUGUUCUUCUGAUUUUGACCGUUGGGAAUAUAGAACUCUCUGGAGAAUGCAGUCCCUUGAUUGUGGUGGAAACUGAGUCCUUAUUUUGUGCCUUUCUUGGGCUUGCUAAAUUUGAGCUUUGGUGAUAACUGCUAUAGUUGCUUGUUUGUGAUGCAAAUUUUGAAGGCUGCUCUCUUUUGUAAUCUAAUGCUUUGUUGGUCUUCUGCAUUGCUUCGAUUAUCUGCUUAGGAGCUCUGAGAUCUUUACCAGAUUUUUUGAACUCAAGUUCGGCUAACCUUUUUUCGAUUUCACCAUAAACAGAGGGGUAGGAGUUUGAGGCUUUUGUGGUAGCUUCCCUGUACUUGAAAGCUAUUUGUUGAGAACUUUGCCUGCCAUCUGGCUGCCUCCACGGAGUUUGUUCUGUAGGGAAUCUUGAUCUUGAGGUAGGCCUCAUGACUGAAUCAGCAUUUUUUGACCUGGAUGACAUGGGGUCCUUGUGCGAUUUCCUUGGGAAAGUAGAAAUUUGAUUUUUCUUGUUUCCAUCAGUUGCUCUUGAUGAUUUUGAGAGGGGAUCAGAUUUAUCAGUUUGACAGCUACUAAUAAACCCUAAUGGAUUCUCACCGGUGGAUGUUGACUGUUGGAAAGCUUCCAAUCCCAUCAACUUCACUAUAAGGUUUGAUGGUCGUUCGGAGCUUUCUGGUUCUUGCUUCUGAUUAAGCUUUUCGCUGGAGUCGUCAUUCCUUCUUUUCAGAUCCUUCAAAAGAAAAUUUGAUUUUGUUUCAGAGGCAAGACCCCUUAUGGAGCCUUCUCUGCUGUCCAAUGAAAGCCUUGGGAGUUCCUUGAGCUUUAUUCUGGACUUGCAUGCAUCUUGUGAUACCCUUCCAUCAUAAGAGAGCCGGGGAGCAUCCUUCAGUGAGGAGAGUACGAUUCUUUGUUUCUGUUUCUUGUAAUUCGUUGGUGCUUCCUGGAGCUGAGCAAGACUGCGAACUGAAUCAUUGGCACCAGAAGCUCUGGACUUGACAGAUUUGGGCGGCGACAAAGGUCUCGGGGAGUCUAUGUAUUUCAAGGUAGUGCCUACUGCUUCCUCUUUUCUAUAAGUCUUCACCGAUAAUGCACGGCCCUCUCUGUAGAUGGGUUCUUUAACAACAUCUCGAAGAUCAAGAGAUUGUUGGCUUGACUGCAAAGACGCAUAUGGUUUGUUCAUGGGCAGAGUGGGGUUUCCAGGGAACCUGGGUUGGUUAAACAAAGAUGGCUCGAAUUGAGCUGUUUUACAGUCGAGAGAGGAGUAGCUAGAUGAACAUGAGGAGGAUGAAAGAGAGGUUUGGGAUGAUUCUGUCGAGACUCUCUGUUUCUGUUUCACAAACUUCUUUGGGUUUCUUUCCUACAAUUGUAAGCCAAAAUAUAUCAAAUUGCAGCUGCUUGAAACGAGCACUGUUGUAGCGAUUAAAGUCAAGGUCUUACCGUAAUUCUCUGUAAUGCACGAGGUUUUGUUGCGGGGUUCCUAUUUUGACCUGUUGUAACAACUAAACGUGAGAUGUUGAAUCAACUGAUAGAAUGAUAAAUGGUAUUAACUUUUAACA